AUGUUUGGAUGGCGGAAGAAGACGGUAAGCGUAGUUUCAAAGUUUCAUUUUGCUUUGAAUGCGGUACUAUUGAACUCAUUGUUUGUGUAGGAGUGAUUUACAAGUUUUAUAAUUGAUUUGAGGAGGUUUAUGACUUGCUUUAGUUGAUCAAAAGUUGUGUUUAAUCACUUAAAGGGAUGAUUUAAACUUAUAUUAGGUAUAACGGUAGCUUGUACUCGAUUUAAAAAGACAUUUAGCCUUAUUUUAGAGCUCAAAUCUAUUACGUAGCAUGUUUUGUAAUCUUGCAAAUUGACGAACAUUUUUAGAAUACUCACAAAGUAUCGAAUAUAAGCAACAAACUACCGAAUACUCGCAAAUCAUCGUCGAUUCCAAACAGUCACAAGUCGUCGGUUAUCAGUAACAGCUACAAAUCAUCCCUUACCGGUCACACAACUCCAAUCACAAUGCCGGUGGCACAUCGAAAGAAAUCGAUCCAAAAGAAUCACAACAAGAGUACGAUGGGUAUGUUAAUACACGUAAAUUUGAAAACUAAAUUGUUAAAAUACGGUUAAACUGUCGAUGUUAUUAUACAUAGGGUGUCUUAAGGCUUUGGAAGAAAGUAAAAAGUUGUUUCUCGAAAAUUAUUGGAUCAAAUAUAAAUAUUAGGUCGUUCAAAUAAUUCUGGGCCCCGAAUUCCAAAAAAUUUCUUGGAUAGAGGGCACAGAAGUAUACUAACAACCUAAUAAUUCAUAGUCAAUAAACACUGUCAGCACUUUCUCUGAUCUUUGAUAUCUCUUUAGUCUGCACCUUCUUAUACCAGUUGUCAUCGUACUCCUACAUUGCACUUUAA